AUGCCCCCCACAACCACCGAAGUCAUCCCCGGCGCGUGUGUGAACAUCGUUCUGAAAAAAGAUCAACCCACGGGUCGGACUGUCACGGGCACCGUGGCGGAUGUUUUGACGAGGGGGAAUCAUCCGAGGGGGAUUAAAGUCCGGUUACGGGAUGGGAGGGUGGGGAGGGUACAAUCUCUUUCUUCCAAUCCUCCUUCUUUUGUUGGGGGGGAUGGGAGGAGAGUCAGGUUUGCGGGGGUGGAGCAGGAUGGAGAAGGGGGAGGGCCGGAGGAGAGCAUUGGGUUGGAUGCAUAUGUGACUAAUUCUGCGGGGAGGCAGAGGGGGAGAGGGAGAGGGAGGCAGGGUGGGAGUAGUGGUGAGGGUGAAGGACAGGAUCAUGCCGACUUUGAGUAUGGCAUCGUGACGUGUCCGGUGUGUGGAGACUUCCAGGGGGAUGAGGCUGCCGUUGCGCAUCAUGUGGCGGGGCAUUUUGAUUGA